AUGGCGACCAGCAGCAAGGAUAUGCCGUCGCCUCUGACGGAGAUCCCCGCCCACCUCCUGGUGGAGAUCUUCCUCCGGCUGCCCACCGCGGAAGACCUCGCCCGCGCCUCCGCCGCCUGUGUCUCCUUCCGCCGACUCACCACCGACGGCUCCUUCCUCCGCAGCUUCCGCCGCCUCCACGCACCACCACUCCUCGGAUUCCUCGACUACGGCAGAUUCCGUCCCGCUCUGCCGCCGCACCCAUCCGCGCCGGCAGCCCGCGCGCUCGCCCUCGCCGCCGACUUCUACUUCUCCUUCAUCGACUCCUACUGCCACUGGACCGUGCAGGACUCCCGCGACGGCCGCGUCCUCCUCGACCGCGACCUCCGACAACAUGAGCAGCCCCCGGUUUUCAAAGAUCUCGCGGUGUGCGACCCCUUGCACCGCCGCUACGUCCUGCUCCCCCCGGUACCUCACGGCCUAGACGCCUCGCUUGAGCCCCUGUUCCCCAUGGUAAGCGAGGCCCAGUGCAAGGCUUUCCUGGAUCCCCUCGGCGAGGAGGAGAUAGCGGCGGGAGAGACAACAUUCAGAGUGAUAUUGAUGGCGAAUUGCAAAACUAGUCUGGCUGCCUUCAUCUUCUCUUCAAACACAGGACAAUGGCAAGCCGCUGCAUCCAAGGGUUGGAGCGAUUUGGCCCUUGGCAAGCACGACAUGGCUGAGAUGUCAUGGGUCCACCCUUUUAUUCUCAGGCGCCAUUAUGCUUACGGCUGCUUCUACUGGGACUGGGUGGAAUUCGGGAGGAAAAAGUUACUCUUGCUUGACACCAGGAAGAUGGAGUUCUCCAUUGCUGACCUCCCGCCCGGAGAAUGGAACAAGGAAGGUUUAGCCAUUGUGGAGGCAGGGGAAGGCAGGCUUGGGAUGUUUGGUUUCCAUGGUGAAGCUACAUCCAAUCUCAUCUAUACCGUUGCACGAAACACAGGCAAGAGUCCCAGGCAGUGGCAGGUCAAGAAGACAUUCCUACUAGAUUCUGGGUACAAAUAUCGUAUCAGAGAUGCAACACAGAGGUACUUGCUCUUGACAAGGAUAGACGCCUCAUCAUCUCUAAAUGAUCGACUUACUGGAUAUUUCGCAAUGGAUGUCAAGACGUUGCAGAUUCAGAGGGUUUAUGAGAAACAGAAUUAUCGUUUGCAUGAGACAUACCCAUAUAUCAACUUUCCACCAUCAUUGCUGUCUUCAAGGAGAAUAUGA